GCUGCUGCUUCUGAGGCUGGUCGGCAAACACAGGCUUGACACCGCAGGAAGGAACAGUGGAAAUAUUUUGGUUUCGUGCAGGUGGGAUUAAACAGAUGCUUGAAAAAAGAAAAGCUGCUUUUUUAAGUAUGUCAGUGUUGCAGCUCCAGAUGAAGCGGGUUGAACUGGAGCAUCUGGAAGCCUUGGUAACAGAUUUCUCAGCGAUUUCUCCCCAGGAGCAAUCAGAUAAUAUGCCUUUCAUGACAGCAGCGGAGCUACAGAGUGCAGCUGGCUGCAAGGUGUGCAGAGUGAGGCCCUGCCUGCUCACAGAGACGCGGCACAUCGUGGGCCGAUGAAAAGCAUCCCUCUCCUCUGCCCCAUUUCUCGGCUUUUUGACAUCAUUUUCACUCCCUGGAGCAUAACAUUCAUUGUUGAGUUCUCAAAUGAGCGUGCGAGCGGACUCGCUUUUGCCUAAUCAAAGCCUGCAGCCGCUGGGAAAGGCUUUGGGGCUGCAGUGAUGGUUUGAACAGUCUCAGCAUGCUCGAAAGGACACGAGGCUCCUGGGACACCCAUGUGUACAAAGCCCUGGGGCACGAGGCUGGAGCAGUGCAGGCAGUGGUCCCAGCACCUCUGCUGGGGGUGGUGGUGCCCUGGGGCCAUGCAGGGGAGCAUCCUCCAUGGGUCACUGACAUCUCUCCCUGCUGUGCUCUGUCCCACCAAGCACUACUGCUGACAAAGCUGUCUGCAUGCAGGUUGGAGAGGUGAUGCUUAGCUGCGCUAUGGGUUUUGGUGCUAACCCCUCUGCUGAGACCGUGGGAGAGGACAGGGUUGGGGACUUGCACUAAUCCGUGAUUUAAGAGCUUGUCUUUCCUGACAUCCAGCAACCACCACGUGCCAAAAAUGCCUGGAAUUCACCCUGUGGUCCUGACGAGGGUUCACAGCUCCAAGCUGAGCAGUUUCUCUGCUGUCCAUCAGUGCUUCUCUCUUUACUGCAGCCCAGGGAAGGGAAGAGCAGGGAGCUGUAGCAAAGGACCCUGGGGAACAGACCAGAGAAAUCUUUCGCCACAGGAGGAGGGAGGAGGAAGUCUCUCACUCACACACAAAUCAGCCGCGUGCUGCUGCGGACCCUGGAGAUGAGGAGAAUCCAUCCACCAGGAACACAGGGUCCCCUCCACCUUCCAGAGCAGCUCAGCCAAAACUCCCUGGGGGAGGAGGCACAGAACUCCCAGGCAAGGAUGGCUCAGGCGGCAUAGCAGUGUUUGCCUGGGGGAGAUGGGUGAGGAAGAGGAAGGAGGGGACUCGCAGGGACCCUUAUCUGAGUCUUGGGUCAAGGAGCUGCUUGCAGAGGGUCUUAUUUCAGGACUGCUCUCAGUCUCCUUUUUCUGCUGAGCCACUGGAGUGUUUUCUUUUUCCUGCCAAACCACAACUUUUGUGUCAUGGGAAGGCAGCUGAAAUCCCUCCUGGUUUGCAUUCCCAUAAAGAAAAGGAGAACAAAUCCCAGUGCGGGUAUGAAGAGCAAAACUCCUCUGAUGACCUGGUGUUGUUACUGGGAGCCGAGGGGGCUGUCCUCCCCCCAGCCUCUGGGCACAUCUCCUCGCCCAGGUGAAGUGAAAACUCUAACACAUUGUCCAAGCUGGAAAUCCUAUGCUGGAAACAAACCCAUCUUCUUCUCUUCCAAGGAGAAAGUUGGAGCUAACACGACAUCCAGCUUUGUGAGACGGGGGCUGUCAGUCACCCCGCUGAGGCGGCAGGGCACUGAAGCUUCCCCGGGUGAUGGAGCACCCUGCCGCAGCCCUGAUCCUCAUCUGACUUCCUCGCUGUUCUGAAGCCAGUUGCAGAAAAGUGCUUUCCACUCCCUGGCCACAGGUUGACUCCGGAGAGAAGAGAGGACAGGUCCCAGCCCGUGAUGAGGCCGUAGCAUGCAGCGGUUCUGAACGAGGACACAGGUGGGUCAGGGAGGGGUGAGAUGGGGCAGGGUCUUGGCCGUGCUGCGUGGUUCAAGCAUCCCAGCAUCCCUGGGAGAGCGAAUCCAGGGAUCCUGAGAGCUGGAAGAGAGAGAAAGUGAAUCAGAAAUACUGUCAGGUGAGUUUUGAACGGUCCCCAAGCAGAAGCAGGGAGCCUGGGAAGUGGGAUGCUGAGUGACAGCAGAGCAGGGGGCUGCAGAAACCAGGCAGGUACCAGAAACCAGGCUACCCAGUGCUGCUGAGAUGCUGAGAAACCCCCCCGUGUCCUGCACUCAGCUCCUCGUGGCUUGCUGCAAGCCUCUGCCAGCUUCCUGGUACUGCUGCUGCUGCUGGGACUCAGCUUGCUGCCAGGGAUCACUGCCCUCAGGGACAGAAAGGCACAAGGAGAUAGAGGGCUGCAGGAGGGAAAUUGGUGCUUGCUUGCUUGAUGUUCUGCUUGCAUGUUGGUUGUGGAACAGAGCUUCUCCUGGUCCUGUUGUAGCCUGCAUUACACCAAAAAACCUGAGUUUCUGGUCCCUCCCAAAGCAGGAUAGCGGGCUUGCUCCCUGGCUGUUCUGUUAGUGGGUUUGCUGCCUCCGUCCCCUCUCGUCUCAUCUACCCCAGACUCCUGAACUUUCCCAAGGCAGCAGAGCCCCCAGGGCAGCCUGGUCCCUUCUGCAGGGCUGUCUCUUCCCUCUGCAGCCCUCAUAAGGUGCACGGCCCCAUCGUGGUGUCACGCUGUGCUGUCUCAGAACAGCAUCACUCUGUUCCCACAGCGUGUCCUGCAGAACAGUGUCCCCUUCUGCCGUAAUGUUGUAGUGGGGCAAUUACCCCUUCACUGGAGAUAGAAGGGGCCAGGACAAUUUCAACCUGGUCUUUAACUUCAAGAUAUAAUUCAAGAGCUGCUGCUUGCCCUCAGACCAUCACAUCACAUGCAGAUGGCAAAACCCCAUCCCCUCCCUCACUCACACAUUGUAUUUUCAUGCAACUCCUCUCAUCUCCGUUCAGCCACUCCAGUUAUCCCGAGAGAAGCUGCCUCCUCUCUGGUGGUGAGAGCAGGAGACCAGAGUGAGGGAACCUGGGCUGCGUUCCCAGCCUGACGUAGACUCUCUGUGUGGCCUCAGGCAGGCUGGUUAACCUCUGUAUCCCAUUUUAUUGUGUUUUCUUCCCUUACAUGCUGUGCUGGAGCUCAGGCAGAAGGGGGCUUCACCUGCCUGCUGCUGAGAUGGGGACGAGAUGAGUGCUCCAGAGCAGGCUGCUGGAGACGAGGGGGUUUGAUGGAGCUGAGCUGCUUUGGAGAAAGGACACAGCAUGGAACAAAUCUGUGAGCCAAGCCACGAAACAUCCAUCAUCCUCAGCCCUCACGCUCCAGUGCUGCUGUAGAAAGAGAUCGUGGCUGUCAUCAGCCAGGUUGGGAGCAGAAAGCAGGGGAUGCUCGAGUGCCUCCACUCCCCCCUUCCCAGUCAAGGACAGCUGUGACAGGAUCAUGAUUCCUGGCCAUGCUCUGAGCCAUUUUUGUCCCUACCUCCCUCUUUCCUGUGCCCUUUGCUCCCACGCAGCGUGUCUGCUGGCGACCCGGUCCCGCUGCUGGGGAAAGAAAAAGUGAUUUCUAUCAGCAAGCUCUGUUUUAGGUGGUAUUUCUGCCUCCUCCUGGCCUUGUUCUGCUGUUUUCCUCUCCCAAAAGCAGUUGGCUCUCAGCUACAAGGAUUUUUCCAUCUUGCCUGGCAGGCCCGCUGGGCAUGGGCAGCAGUAUACACGUAUGCCAGCACUUCCAUUACUCACUGGAACAGACCUUGGUCCACUCCAGCAGCAUCCCUGCAACCUCCAGGCAGCCCCUGGAGGAGGAACACUUAUUAUUACCAUUUUACCUCUUAAUUAAAAUGCCUUAAUUGAUUUUUAAUAGCUCCCCUUUGGAAAAAAAAACACGCAAAAAACGCAAAGCAAAGCAAAUCAAAUAAUAGCUCCAUUAAGGCUGUUUUGUUAGGAAGCGAAACAGCUCCAAUAACCAUGAUGUUCCCAGCUCCUUGCUGAUGGGGAGAGGCUGCUAGUCUCCAGCAAAAGGCAACAGCCCCAGAUGCGGCCAUGGGAUGCAGCAGCGCACUGCUGGUGAGAUGGGAAGGAGGGAAGGCAGUGCACGCUGUUCUCAUGCCAGGACGUGGGCACUGAAGGUAAACGGGACAGGCAAAAAAGGAGGUAACAAGUGGCAGUGAUAAAGUGAGGCUAGACAGCCAGGGAGGUGUACAAACCCAACAGGGAAAGGGCAGCCCCUGGAAGCGUGUCCAGCACUGCUGUUCCCCCCACCAGCCUUGUGGCCUCUCACCAUGCUGCCAACAGCUGCCUUCCUGCCCGCUUGGCGGCAGCUUUGUGGUCUCCAUUACCAUGGUAGCUGAGCCAGCAGCUUUGUUUGGAAGGAAUGGUUGGCACAAAGCAGCCAGCUGCGGAGUUCAAUAGCCAAGCCAAAGGGUGUGGAGAUGGCAGAAGAAAGCCGGUGCUCGGGCAGGGCGAGGCAGCUUCCAGGAGCAGCCCUCCAGCAAUCGGCCGGCAGUGUUCCCAUCACACUGGGGAUGAAAUCAGAGCAGUUUACUCCUCAGGGAGGGUUGAGAAGGUGAGCAAGGGGCUGCCCCCAGUUCCCACCUUCAUUUAAACCCCAUGUCUCCUUCCCUCUGUGGCAGAGCGUUGUCCCCUUCUGUCCCCAGGUCACAGAAAGCACGGUGCUCUGCAAACAGCCCUGUUUGGGCAGGGCAAUGACUUUUGCUCCCUUGGUAUAAAUAAGGGAAGGAAGGAGUUCUGGGGGCCAUGACACCCCUCCCCACGCACGCCAGCAGCACUUCAGAGACACAGGCACUGGGAAGGUGCUAGUGACAGAGCUGGCUUUCCUCCCGCUGUGUUUGGACCGCACAAAAGCCCCUCUGUGCCAACACUCAGCUGUUCCGACGGCACCAAACGCCAACUGCCUGCUCCAGGCUGAGUCACUUCUGGCUCACCCACCGGGGUCCCUGCUCCCAAAGCCAGAUUCUUGCAGACAUUUGUGCGUGGCGUGGUGAGAAGCUGGCUGAUGCCGGGUCUUUGGCUCUCAGCAGCAGCUCUGUGGGAUGCUUGUUCACAGCUCUGGCUGUUUGCCCGUGUGCAGCUCUGUGGCACGUGCGCUUCCCAGCAGGCGCUCUGCGAUGCCAACCACUACCAGGGGAUGCUCGGGUGGUGGCAUCUGUGGUGGGAGCAGCACGGGAUGCUCCUGUGGAGAGAGGGAGACAGAUAUUGUCACCCAAAGAUGACUGACGCCAUCACUGAAGUGGGAAGGCAGGAGGGUGUCACCGCCCGGAAUGCCAUGUGGGACACGUCCAUGAAGUCUCAUCUCUUGCAGACGCUCUGUUGUCUCCCAUGCUCUCACUUCUGCUGUGUCUGUGUUCCAGACCUUCUCCUCCCAUCCAAGGGUGCCAGGCCAGGCAUGGGACUGCUGGAGGGAGCCAACAGCACCCUUACCAUGGAGAAGCCAGCAUUAGAUGAGAAGCUGCCACAGGGCUGGCACACCAAGGACUUCGUCACUCCCAGCCUGGAUCUCUCUGGGUCCCGCAGUGUUAUGAUGGACAGCACCAAGAUCCUGGGGGUCCAGGUGGUUCUGAUUGCUGCCUACUCCCUCAUCAUCCUCCUGGGGUUCAUUGGCAACUCCUUGGUCAUCUACAUAAUAGUGAAGUACAAAACCAUGAGGACUGUCACCAACCUCUUCAUAGCCAACCUGGCCCUGGCAGAUCUGAUGGUGGACACCCUCUGUCUGCCGUUCACCUUAGUGUACACGCUGCUGGAUGAGUGGAAGUUUGGAGCUGUUCUUUGCCAUCUGGUCCCUUACGCUCAAGCUCUGAGUGUCCACGUGUCCAUUCUCACCCUGACGGUGAUUGCCCUGGAUCGGUAUCGAUGUAUUGUGUUCCACCUGGACAGCAGGAUCUCCAGGAGGCUCAGCUUCACCAUCAUAGCCAUCAUGUGGCUGGCAGCAGCCAUCCUAGCGGGUCCUCUGGCCAUCUUCAGAGAGUUCCGCUACGAGGAAAUCCCAUCCAUCAACCUCAAAAUGGCUGUCUGCUCCGAAAAAUGGCCUUCUGGUAAUAACAGAGAUGCCACUAUCUACAGUCUGUCCAUGCUCCUCCUGCAGUAUGUUUUUCCCCUCGCAGUUAUUUGUUAUGCUUAUACCAGGAUCUGGUUCAAGCUGAAAAGCCAUGUCAGUCCCACAUCUCGGAAUGAAAACCAGUGCAGGAGGAAGAAGACCACCAAAAUGCUGGUGAUGGUAGUUGUGGUCUUUGCGGUCUGCUGGCUACCCUUCCACAUAUUCCAGCUUGCCAUUGAUCUUGAUCUGGUUCUUAUCUUCCACGAGUACAAACUGCUGUACACCGUCUUCCAUGUGGGGGCCAUGUGCUCUACAUUUGUCAACCCCCUGCUCUACGGAUGGAUGAACAAGAACUAUCGGAACGGCUUCCUCAUGUUUUUCCGCUGCCAGAACAAGCCAGAAAGCAUCCACACCGAAGGCUCGGUAAGAGGGAGGUCGUACAUCUUCAGGGCCAGCACCCUAAAUGGGAGCAUCAAGCACACUGCUGGCAAUGGACCGCAGCCCACAGAGGUUUAGGGACAGGAUGUCCACCUCCAGGACUGAGGCUGACUGAGCGGAGACGUUCUUGGUGAAUGCCUUUUUUUGGGGGGAAGCAUUACGUAGCUACUGCAGCCGCAUAGAAAUACCUCUUGUAUCUCUCAGUACAAUAAAUCUGGUGUAUUUCUC